CUGCAAUAAUAGGUUCGCACUAACUUGUUCAGCCUGUGUCGGCUACAGGUUGCUGUUCGGGUGGCAGUAGGAGUUCGUUGUGUUCGUUUUUUGGCUACGUUGUAAUUUGCAAAUUUUGUCACAGUAGAGAGCGAUUUUCGUUCAUUCAUUAACACUUUACACACUUGUGCAAGCAAGAAUCGCCGGGCCACAUGUCGUCUUCCUUGAUCACCUGGGCAGCGCUACGGAGGACACAUGGUCUUCAUAAGCUUCUGCAGAAUACUCAGGUUCCGUGUGGUAGUCCAACGCUGCGACAUUAUACGCCCCGACGUGCUGUUCUCUAUGUGCCGGGCAGCGAUGAGAGAAAGAUAACGAAGGCGUUCGGCCUGGAUGCUGACUGCAUGGUGCUGGACUGCGAGGAUGGUGUGGCCGCCAAUAAGAAGAAAGAAGCACGUGAGACAGUGGCUCGUGUGCUGGACAAAGCAGAGCGGCCACAGGGAUGCAGAGACCUGGCGGUGCGCAUCAAUGCUGUGAGCACGGGCCUCGCAGAGGAUGACAUUCGGUGCCUCCUUGGGGCUUCUCAGCUGCCCAACACAAUGCUGGUGCCUAAAGUGGAAGAUACCAAGCAACUGGACUGGGUGAGGGACCAGGUGGAGCGGGCCCUGGGCGAGCGGCAACACCGACUCGAGCUCAUCGUGUGCAUCGAAACGGCACUGGGCCUUCUCAACUGCCACCAGCUCCUCCAACAUGCCUCUUCUAUGACUCACAGCCGCCAGCAAUUGGCUGGCCUGCUGUUUGGCUCUGAUGACUUCACGGCCAGUAUAGGAGCUCGUCGUACACCGGAAGCUACGGAAGUUCUUAUGGCACGUCAGCAGCUGGUGGUGUUGGCAAAGGCAUACGGCCUCCAGGCUGUUGACAUGGUCACAAUAGACUUGAAAAACAAAGAGUUGUUGCGACGGCAGUGUGCGGAGGGAGCAGCCAUGGGGUUUACGGGCAAGCAAGUGAUCCACCCGUCGCAGAUAGCACCAACCCAGGAGGCCUUUGCCCCAACCCCCGCUCAGCUCGACAGAGCACAGCGCCUUGUCAAGGAAUUUCACCAGCACCAACAACAAGGAAAGGGGGCAUUCGUGUUUGAAGGCAGCAUGAUCGACAUGCCCAGUGUGCGACAAGCACUCAACAUUGUAGAAGCAGACCAGGCUAUUCAUGGCAAGUCCCCUCAAGGCAAAUAAAGAAAGCCUUCUUUUCGUUUAAA